GUGAACCGGAGGCCAUGGAGGAGAGGUGCAGUCUUUUAUCACGAGGAAGAGAAGGGGAAAAGGAGACGGAGAGUGGAAUAUAAAGAAGGCAAAAAAACAAUGGAGUCUGGCAUCUGCAGGGACUACAAGAAAAGCUCAACUAAUAGUUUCUUUUUCUUCUCUUCCCAGUGUACAGGAUGGCCGCUCUUGCCUACUCCCAUUUGCUCCCUGUUCGUCUCCUCAGAAUCCCUGAUGGGUCAUCUUCUUCCUCUCGAAAUCCCCAUAAGUUUUCUCCCACAAUCGUCUGCAGAAGCAUGACUUCCACCACGAGUUUCGGGUUCCAGAGCUUGAGGGAGACCUUCAACAUCGAUGUGAAGCAAGCGGAGGGACGGCCUCUUGAUGUGCCAUUGAUCUCUCCCUUCACAAUUGCCUCUUCAGAAUUGGUGAAGGUGGAGAACGUGGCAAUCAGAGUCGAAUUGAGUAAUGGCAGUGUUGGAUGGGGAGAAGCGCCGAUCCUCCCUUCCGUUACGGCAGAGGACCAGCCGCUGGCGUUUGAUAAAGCAGAGGAGGCUUGUGAUUUCUUGAAGAAGGCUCAUCCCAAGACUCUGGAUUAUCUCCUGAGCGACAUCAAUCAGUUGCUUCCUGGCCAUGCAUUUGCUUCAGUUAGAGCAGGAGUUGAGAUGGCUCUUAUUGAUGCAGUGGCUAAUAGCGUAAGGGUUCCUCUUUGGAGACUAUUUGGUGGUGCUUCAAACUCCCUUACAACUGAUAUUACUAUUCCAAUUGUCUCACCCGCUGAAGCAGCCACACUUGCUACAGAGUACUCCAAGCAGGGGUUUAAAACUUUGAAGCUUAAGGUUGGGAAAAACGUGAAUGCGGAUAUAGAAGUUUUGAGAGCUAUAAAAAUAGCACAUCCAGAUUUUUCAUUUAUCUUGGAUGCAAAUGAAGGCUACACUGCAGAUGAAGCAAUUGAAGUUCUUGAGAAGCUAAAUGAAAUGGGAGUUGCCCCGAUUCUCUUUGAGCAGCCUGUGCACCGGGACGACUGGGAAGGCCUUGGUAAUGUUAGCAAGGUUGCCAAAGAAAAAUAUGGCGUUUCUGUCGCAGCAGAUGAAAGCUGCCGCAGCAUUCUUGAUGUUAAAAGCAUUAUAUACAGAAAUCUUGCGGAUGUGAUCAAUAUAAAGAUUGCCAAAUUUGGAGUUAUUGGUGCUCUUGAGAUUAUUGAGGCAGCCAAAAAUGCUGGCCUAGCAUUGAUGAUCGGUGGCAUGGUCGAAACUCGACUAGCUAUGGGAUUUUCUGGUCAUUUAGCUGCUGGACUUGGAUGCUUCAAGUUUGUUGAUCUGGAUACGCCUCUUCUCCUUGCAGAAGAUCCAGUAAUUGGUGGCUAUGAUGUCUCUGGAGCUGUAUAUACAUUCAACAAUACCAGGGGCCAUGGAGGAUUUCUCAAUUGGGACGUCAAUGGGAGUACGUGACCCUGGCUUUGAGAUCCUCCUGUAAUACUUCGUAAUUUCUUAUAAUAAGAGUAUGUACGCAUGCUUAAUUUAUGUAUCUAAAUCUGUCUUGAUCCUUUUCCUA